AUGGUCUCUCACCGUAGUGGAUCUACCACCGGAAAUUUUUUGCGAGGUGUUGUCAUACCUUAUGCCCUUGGAUAUUCUCCACAUCUCUCGCACCUGCCGUUCUCUGCGACGGGCAUUGAUGAAUCACUCGGCACACAUACGCUAGCCUCGUUUUUGAAGAGACUUGUGCCAGGUGUGCUUGUGGCAAUGGUGACAAGAAGUGAUCUCAAGGCUGAGCUCCCACAAGAACGUCAUCUGCAGCAUGUUGCCUCGAACGAUCUGCUUCCCUCCAUUGCGCGUGGGUCCAUGUUCUACAAACCUGACUUCGCUGCCUUCAAGGCGGCAUAUGCAGCAGCCACGACAACAGCUGAACACCAAGAACUUGUGGUGUCUAGCGUGCGUAGGACCGGAAGUAUCAUGGAACAUGCCGCCUUAUGUCGAUUAUGGUCAAUGACAGUUGAUGUUGAUCAGCGUCAGGAUCAGCGUUGUAGAGUGUUGGAUUUCAAGGACAAGUUGGUAGAUGUGGGCUUUGGUGAUGAUAUUCCCUUGCUAGGCUUGAGAUACAAGAAACUUUUCGAGCACCCUCUAGUGCACAGUAAGGCGGAUCCCCUCACCGAUCGCGAAUGGAAGAUGAUUCGCCCAAAGAUUGUACAGUUUAUGGAAGGGAGAAGAACAUUACGUCUGAAUUGGGAGAAACGGAUGACAUAUACUGUGCGCCUGGGUAAUCUUGAUGGGGCACUUUCUGUAUACAGCAUGAACUUAUCAAGCUCGGUUCCAAUGCCGCAAGCCGUUGACCUGUCUGUGUUCCCCGAGAUUCGGACCAUUACAGUCCUUCCCUUGGAGAUUACCAAUAUUCGGCCUGGCACAUUCGCUCCGGAGUUACCGACUCUAGUUUCACGCUGGCGUUCGGAUGUAGAGGCCCAACUGGAGGCUCUUGCCUCCUUUCAUUCAAAGGACACUCACAAUCGCCGAUCUUCUCGACUUGGUCCCAGUUUUACAGAGUUGGCACAGGCCGUGUUUCGGUGCACACAGUGUGGCCAUGUUCAAACGUGGCCAAGUGUUCUCGACCACCCAUGCCUUCGUUCCGUGGACAAGAGCUGGAAGAAGCUUGUCGAGCGCUACCCCCUCGUUGAUGGUGACCUCCCACGAAUGGAGGGUUCGAUAUAUGAGAGCGCAUUGCUCGUCCACUAUCGUGGUCUUCAUCCUUGGUCUGCCGGUCUCCUAAACUUCUGUGGUCCUGCAAUUUGUAACGUGAUAGAGGCUUGCGGCAAGAAUCCACUCUAUGCUACAGCUACACAGAUGGAUGCCUUAGAUUUGCGGCUGGCUUGUGUGUCCUGUAGUCGCCGUGGUAGAAUGCUGGUGGUAAUGGGAUGGCGGGCAGCGGUGCUUCAUUCAAUUGAGGACCAUGGCAAUUCUCCGCCUUCAGAGAUUGUAUGGCAGCGGGUCAAUGUCGAGAUUGCUGCAAAGGUGAAGACUGUUGAGUCUUCGAGCUCCAGUCUGGCCUGUCACGAUUCCAAUCUCAGGAUUUCCUGCUGGACUUGCUUCCACUGCGAUUAUGGUAAGACUGCCGGAGAGGAUGCUACUAAAGCCGAAGUAAAGAAACACCUCUGCAAGCAACAUGAUAUCCAUUUAUCUGGUAAAGAUGACCUGCACCAACGUUUGGAUAUGUUUCCAUAUGCAAUUGCAUACCCUCCUGUCCUUCUUGUGUCUCAUCGACUGCGAUUGCAGCCUCCCACCCUCUGGGAACAAGAGAAGAUGUUGCGCAUGAAGGACACCAUGUCCUUCUGCACCUUAUCAAAUGACUACACUUGA